UAGUCGAUCAUGGCACGAACCAAGCAGACCGCCCGUAAGUCCACCGGAGGCAAAGCCCCCAGGAAGCAGCUGGCCACCAAGGCCGCCCGCAAGAGCGCCCCGGCCACCGGCGGCGUGAAGAAGCCUCACCGGUACAGGCCCGGUACCGUGGCCCUGAGGGAGAUCCGUCGCUACCAGAAGUCCACGGAGCUGCUGAUCCGCAAGCUGCCCUUCCAGCGUCUGGUGAGAGAGAUCGCGCAGGACUUCAAGACCGACCUGCGCUUCCAGAGCUCCGCCGUUAUGGCUCUGCAGGAGUCCAGCGAGGCUUACCUGGUGGGCCUGUUCGAGGACACCAACCUGUGCGCCAUCCACGCCAAGAGGGUCACCAUCAUGCCCAAAGACAUCCAGCUGGCCCGCCGCAUCCGCGGGGAGCGAGCUUGAGAAGUCUGCUCCUACUGACCCCACAACGGCUCUUUUAAGAGCCACCUCACUCUCUGUAAAGAGCUCCUUCCUUAACGUGACCAUCAAUUCAUGAUUCAUAAGUAUGAGAAUAGUCCCUGAUAUUGGCAUCAGUCUGCAUUAAUUAAUGUUUAUUCUAUAAACAUCUCACCGCCUAGAACUAGAACAGAAAACUAUUCCUAAUGUUGCAACUCACGAGUUACAAACCAUGGAUGCCAGGCCAGUGCGUGAUUAAACACAUCGUACAAUAAGUUAUAUGUAUUCUGGCGAAGAAGACCUUUGUCUGGACUGGUAUAUAACCAUAAUAAAUAACAUCAGAUGUACAUUAACGU